AUGCAACGAGCUGCUGCCACCGCUGCAAGCAAAGAAACACCGCAGACUUCCUCCCCCGAAGGGUCCACCACUUCAACACCGAAGCGACCUAGACUUUCCAGCGAGGGCGUGUCGCAAAGUCCCGGUGCAGCACAAUCCUCAGAUUUAGAAGCUAUCUCAGCUGCUCUUGCGGCCGAGGAAGAAAAGCGAAGGGAAGCCAUCGCCAGGCAAGCUGCAGAUGCUGGCGAAACCGAAUGGGUGCUAGACUACUCUGGAGCGGAAGAUACGGGCAACGAGUAUGCAACACAACCUCUUGUCCUUGCGGCAGAGUCUCUGGACGCGGAUGACGACGAUCUGGUCCAUGGUGGUCGACAGGCUUAUGGAAAUUUCAAGCGCAAAGGCAAAGUUGAGUUAUCAAGUAUUUCUGGGGGUCGUCAUAGCUUUGGUGGGGGUGAAAAAUCGCAGAAGAAGCGCAAGCAUAAAUAA